AUGGCGCUUAUCGAGCUCCCCACCGAACUCCUCCUCGGGGUAUGGCAGUAUCUCGAGGAGGAGCAUGACAUGAACCGAUUCGUACGGACGUGCCAGCGAUUCUACAAGAACUUCAACGGUCCGCUUUAUCGCCAUAAUGUGGUCUCGUCCGGACAGGCCAUCCCGUGGGCUGCAGAGAACGGCCGACACGAGACGCUGCAGAAGCUCCUGGACCAGGGCGCUGGGCAGAUCAUCGAGUACGACGAGUGGCCGCUGUUUACGGCCGCCGAGCACGGGCAGGCGGUGAUUGUGGAGAUGCUCUUCAAAGCCGGCAACACACCGCAUAUGAAGGAUGAGCGCGGGACCACCGCGCUGUUUCACGCCGCGAAGGGCGGCCACACGGAAGUGAUUAAUUUGCUGCUGGAGAAGGGGGCGGAAAUCAAUGCCCAAAACAACUCCGAGGAUUCCGCGCUACGAUGGGCCACGAAGUACGAUCGGCCGGAUGCUGUGGCCCUGCUGCUGGAGAAGGGGGCCGACCCCGACCGCAUCGAAGACGACUAUACGCAUUUGAUCUACGCAGCCAAGGACGGAUCCGCCGAGGUGGUGCGAGUACUGCUGAAGUGGACCAAAGAUAUCAACACCAAGGAUCCCCGAUACCAGGAGACGGCGCUCAUGUGGGCUGCAGAGAACGGCCGGAAAAGAGUGGUCGACAUACUGCUGGACGCGGGGGCUGAUAUCCAUGCGGCGGACAACAGCGGCAUGACGGCGCUGUCCUAUGCUGUCAAAAAGGGGCAUAGAUAUGUGGUGGCGGCGCUGCUUCGGAAAGGCGCAGACCCAGAAGCGCCGGUGACGCGGCGGCAGACGUGUCUGGCGAGAGCAGCUGAGGAGGGGCACUUGGAAAUCGUCCGUUUGCUUCUAGCACAUGGUGCUGCGCCGGACGCGAAGAGUGGUUAUUCGGAUAGAAGGCCGUUGUCGUUCGCGGUCGAGAACGGCCACAAGGCCAUCGUCCGGUGUUUAUUGGGGACCGAUCGAGUGGACAUCGACGCCCGCGAUAGAGAAGGACUGACUGCUUUGUCAUGGGCUGCUGCUAAAGGAGACUUCAACGCGGUAACGACCUUACUCGAGCGCGGUGCGCGUCCUGACAAUGUGGAUGGCGAGGGCCGUACACCGCUGGCAUGGGCAACAACAAAUGGCCAUUCUCGAGUAGCCAGACACCUCCUGAAGCAACCGGGAGUUGACCCCAACACGACAGAUUCAAACCACGAAAGUAUACUGCGCAUUGCCGUGAAGCAGGAGGCCACGGCCCUGGUGCGCGACCUUUUGAAGCACGGCGCAGACCCGACCAUCUGCGACGACAUGGGUCGCACGCCUCUCAGCGUCGCGGCCGAGCGUGGAUAUACCAAAACCGUCUUGGUGCUGCUGGAUGAUGGUACUCCACGGAGGACAUGGAGUGGCAGAGCGCAUGCCAUCCCAGACGGAGCAGAAUGCCCCUGUCCUUCGGGACGGUUCAUUCGCGCAGGCCGUGGCCGAGCAAUAGAUACCCCCGACAAGUUCGGUCGCACGCCCCUGUUCUUCGCCACGUUACAUGCACACGAGGAUAUAGUGAGGGCCCUGUUGAGCAGGGGCAGCUCGGCCAUUGAAACCCCCACCGCUGCGGGCAGAACUCCUCUGUCCGUGGCCGCCGAACAUAAGGAUGCGGCCAUUGAGGCGAAGCAAUUCUAUCGGUUGCAGUACAUCUGGCAAUGGUUUCGUUACCCGUCCGAGGCCAAUGUCGAUGCAGUCCGGAUGGCAGAAGCAGCUAAGUUGCCAAUAGAGCCUGACGCCGAUGAUUAUCCAUGGUGCGAUCACUGCAGGCUGAGCUUCUUCCCCUGGGACACCAUGUUCCAUUGUGAUUGCAAUGGAGACAACUAUGAUCUGUGUGCAGAGUGUCUGGGGGGCGGGAUCAAGUGUCUCGAUGAGACGCAUGUUCCUUCAGAGAGGGAAAUUGGAUGGCGCACAUAG